AUGACCAUCUAUCAGACUUUCAGCCCGAACGCGCCUUUUGUGAGGGAUCUGUUUUGCUGGAACGGGUGGACCGCAUUUACAAUAUUUGAGAAAGUGCCUGCCACAACUGCCACCUCUUCAACAGUCGCAGAAUCUCUUCCCACGGCCACCUCCGGCGCCACAGUGACAUCCCUUCCCUCCGCCACCGCUACGCCUCCUCCAUCUGAACCCGACGCAGAUGAUGACUCAAACAAGGCCUGGAUUGCCGGAGCUGUGGUUGGCCCCAUCGCUGCAUGCGCACUCAUCGGCGCGCUAGGGUUCUGGAUCGGCCGUCGCCGCAACCGGUCCCCAGCUCACAUGCCGCUGGAAGAUAGUCGGCCAGUGAUUGCGUCAGGCCACGGGUAUUACGAGGCGAAAGGAUCUAGUCCGCAGAGCUCUGGACAUCAUGAGCUCGCCGAUGCUGAAGUGGCUGCGCCCAUUGAGAUGGAGGCUUCGGCGCCAAAGCCGCAACCACCUUAUUACCAGUGA